AUGACAGGGGUGGUGAUGAUAACAAGGGGAGGUGGCUGUGGUGGUGGAGUAGGAAAUGGGAAAGCGGCAAAAGGAGGAGAUGAGGAGGAAAACCAGCUCUCUCUGGUGGCGAUUCUCUUGGCAGCUCUGAGAAAAUCCAUGGUCUCUUGCCGUGUAGAUCGAAGGGAAGAAGUAAUGUCAACUGUUCAUCAAAUGGAAAUCGGGUGGCCCACCAACGUUCAACACGUAGCCCACGUCACAUUCGAUCGUUUUCAUGGGUUUCUGGGUCUUCCUGUUGAAUUCGAAGUCGAAAUCCCCUGUAGAGUCCCCAGUGCCAGUGUUAGUGUUUUUGGUGUCUCAGCGGAAUCAAUGCAGUGCUCCUAUGAUUCAAGAGGCAAUAGUAUCCCAACAAUUCUCUUGCUAAUGCAAGAGAGGUUAUAUACACAAGGAGGUCUAAAGGCUGAAGGAAUUUUCCGCAUAAACCCGGAGAACAGCCAAGAAGAGCAUGUCAGGGACCAGUUGAACCGAGGCAUUGUGCCUCAAGACAUUGAUGUCCACUGUUUGGCAGGUCUAAUCAAAGCCUGGUUCCGAGAGCUUCCUUCAGGUGUGCUGGAUGGGCUUUCCCCAGAACAGGUUUUACAGUGUAACACAGAGGAUGAGUCUGUUGAGCUUGUGAAACAGCUGCAGCCAACUGAGACCGCAUUGCUCAACUGGGCUAUUGACCUUAUGUCUGAUGUUGUUGAGCAAGAGGAAUCUAACAAAAUGAAUGCCAGAAAUAUUGCCAUGGUUUUUGCUCCAAACAUGACUCAGAUGUCUGAUCCAUUGACGGCUCUGAUGCAUGCUGUUCAAGUGAUGAACCUGCUCAAGACCCUUAUUGUGAAGACUUUACGAGAGCGUGAAGAGACUACAACUGGAGGGUACUCACCCAUGUCAUUGAUGUCAAGUCGUUCAUUUGAUAGGCAAACUGAUGAGGAAUUCGAUAGUCAACGAGAGAUGGAUACCAGCUGUGAAUCCACAGGGCCAGCAUCAGACAAUGAUGAGAAUCCACAUUACAGCAAUAGCAGCGAAGAUGAAGAAGAAAAUGAAGUCGAAUCAUUGAGUGAAAUAGAACAUUGCUUCUUGAGGCAAUUAGAUGAGAAUGAGAAUGCAAAGAAUGGGUUCAGGGAAGAACUGGUUGGUAUUUUGCAUAGAGAUCAUAUGAGUCCCAAAACUAUUUCUACCAUUAAUGGGGACUCUGGUGUCUCAUUAUCUGACAGUAAAAUUGAGACCUCUGGCUUGAGCAUAACUGACGGAGAAGAAUCCGGGAUCAGUGUGAUUGCUCUGGGGCUAACGAUGGACACGNACUCUGGUGUCUCAUUAUCUGACAGUAAAAUUGAGACCUCUGGCUUGAGCAUAACUAAUGGAGAAGAAUCCGGGAUCAGUGUGAUUGCUCUGGGGCUAACGAUGGACAUGAACAACCCAUCAGAAGCAUGUGGAGAAGCCACUGACAUGGAAAUGCUGGAUAAGUUGGAGUCUGAUCCUACUAAUCCUUUGUGCGUGCCAAGUGAAUCCGUCUAA